AUGGCACAGUCGACUUUGGCGACAAUCAUAAAAAAUGCAAGCAAUAUUGAUGCUGUCUUGGACGAUGACAUUGGCAGCGGUGAACGGAAGCGGAUCCGCGCUGCCACUUACGGAGAUGUCGAAGCGGCGCUCUACAAAUGGUUUGUAGACGCUCGUGCCAAGAACGUCCCGCUCAAUGGGCUGAUCCUGCUAGCGCAGGCCAAACUUCUGGGGUUUGCUCUCGGCCACGAGAACUUCAAUCCAGGCAACGGAUGGUUGCAGCGAUUUAAAGACCGCCAUGGGAUCACAUGCAAGAGCAUUGUCGGUGAAGCUGCAUUCGUUGACAAGGACGGUCUCCAGCGUUGGAUUGUGAAGCACAGGAGCCGCAUUCUUGAGACAUACACCGAAAGAGAUAUUUGCAAUGCUCAUGAAACGGGUCUGUUCUUUCAGCUGUUGCCUGCAAAAACUCUCGCGGCGAAGACUGAUGAGUGCGUGGGGGGGAAAAACAGCAAAAAUCGCAUCACAGUGUUGGUGUGCGCGAACAUGGACGGCUCCGACAAGCGGCCGCUAUUGGUCAUAGGCAAGCCCAAGAAACCACGGGGCUUCGCCAAGGUGCUGUCAAUGCCUGUCACGUACACACACAACACAAAGGCGUGGAUGACGGGGGAGAUAUUCCGGAAGUGGCUGACAGACUUUGAUAAGGAAAUGUCCGCGAAGAAGCGCAAAGUGCUGCUCUUGCUAGACAAUUGCAGCGCACACCAUGUUAACGCACAUCCGAGCGCUGUUGAGCCUCUGCUCAUUGACAUCCGUACAGCCGACAACGCUGCCGACCUGAAGGUGCUGCUAGUAAAGGCGGUAUUUUUCGCAAGCGGAGCCUGGCGGGACGUGAAGUCUGAGACCACUCUUCACUGCUUCGAGAAAGCAGGUUUUUCGCGGGGAAGCAGCGCUGCCGAAGAAAUAACAGCAGAAGCAGACAUCGAUGCUGCUGCAGCGGAUGGUGCCACGGCAGUGACGAGCUUGGGGCAGCUGUGGGAGGCCGCGGGCAAUGCAAGCCUUGUCCCAAGCGGGUUGGAUUAUCUGGACUUAGACCUGGCGGAUCAAGACCUCGUCGCAGCGUAG